AUGCGACCAUGGGAACUGGCAGUGAAUAGGCGGCCUCCUUCUGUCCCCUUUGACCAGCGACGAUUCUCAGGGGGAAGCUGUGACAGCCCAGCACACCUCAGGAGAAGGUAUGACUCUUCCUCUCUUUCACUGUGCAGAUCACCUGGAGGUUUCUUAGGGCAAGCGCUGGAAAAGCCAGAGUCUCCCUGUAUGUAAGCGGAUAGCGAAAGUGGUCCCCUGUAAUUUCCAAAAGGUUCCUUAUGCAAUUCUGAAAGCAAAAGUGCAAUCCAUAUUAAUGUAAGCCAACAUUUUCUGGAGCAUAUUUGCUUUACCCGCCAGCUCCCAUCUUCCUCUCAUAUGAAGUUAAAUGAGAAGAAAACCUUGCACUGUCCAUCUGGUGUUAUCCCGUUGACACGCACAGCUUGUUUACAUGCAAGGUGUUUGUGUAGGUAUCUGAACAAAAUUAAUCCAGAUACUCCAGAGUUCAGGUAGCCAUCUGUGUUGCAAUGCACAUCCAGGAUGCAGGUGCAGAAGGAAAAACUUGGGGUGACCAGGAUUACCAGCGGAAAGGUGUUGAACCAUCAGUUGAAAGGCUUCCAUAGCAAGCCUGUGUUUUAAUGAUUUUAGGAUUAAUUUACUUGCCUUAUACUAAGCUAGCUUUGCUCCAGAUGCUGGGAACAUGCCAUAUUUGGGAGGCUCUUUGAGAUGUGACACUUUAACCUAUUCCCAUCUCCCCCAAUAUUGCUGAUCUCCAACUCCCAUCAGGCUCAGCCACUCUGGACAUUAUCCAGAGGACCACAGGUUCCCCAGUCCUGCCUGAGAUACCGGGAAGAACAGAUUCACUUUGUAUGCUGAAGGGUUUGGUUAAACCAGAGUCCUGGAAAGAAUGCAGCAAUGAUAAUAAAAUAAUAUAUAUUUAGAUUCUAUCUUAUCUCUUAGCUUUCUGCUCAAAGGAACCCACUCAAAGGCUUUGUUCCGUGUUAUGUCUCUGUAUUCAGUGUUAUGACUGAACUUGUGUCCUAGUUUUUUGCUGCACCAACAGUUGCUCCCUUGUCUUGCUGUUCUGGCCUAACCCUGCUGUAAAAAAACAACAACAUAAAAUAAAAUGGGUGAAUUUGUAGCUGAGAGCUCAGCGCAGAUAAUUGGCUGGCCCCUGGGGUCACCCCUCUAUAUUUCUCUCCCCACAACUGGCUCCACAGCCCUUCUUCCCGGCACCACUGGGGCCGACGUGAGCGACCUCUGCAAACUCUCCUAGCCCAGGAUGAGAACUACUUGCACCCGGCUUUUUUCCAGCAGCCACACACCCCUGUAGAUGAGCACCCGGCGUACGUUCUGGCCAAUACGCCACCACGAAUGCUUCACCCGGCUGCACACCCACCCCACCAGCAUCCAUUCAUGGUGGAUCUCCAUGAGCAGGUAAGGACAGUGCCUGGGGAGGGGUGGGGGGUAGAUGGCUCAGAACUCUGCGGAUUCCAAGGGCUGGAAUCUUGUCCCACCAGUGGAGAAACUGUGGCUGGGAUUUGCCUAGAUACCAAGCUGACCAAGACCAGCAGACCUGGUCAGAGCAAGCACAUCUGCUCCCUUCACUUUUCCGCCACUGAAGUGGAAGGCUGUUCUGUGUUGGAUAUACUCCGUUUUUGUCAAUGGAGAUGGGCACAGCUGUAUCCAGGCCAGUAGAGUGCCUGGCAGCGGGUGCCCACUCCCAACAGUAUUCAGCAAAAAGCUGGCACCUUCCUUGCUAGCCUGAGCACAGAGAAAGGGCAUCUUUCUGCAUCAGGGUACCUCAUCUGUGGCCUCCCAUCUGUUGGUGGCCUACAGCUCCCAUCAACCUUGGCCAAUGCUGGCUGGGACUGAUGAGAGUUUGGAGGGCUACAGCUUAGCUACUCCUGCUCUCCAUGUUGCUCUCCACCAGAACUUCCAUUUCCUGACUGACAAAGCAACCAAACCCAAGGACAUGAACGUUCUGUCAUAUUGAAGUUUGAUUUUGUACCAUGUGCUGCUUUUGGCUGUAAGAUCCAAAAUAGGUUGGACUGGUGUGUCUAGCAAAUACGGAGUGCAAGUCCCUGCAGUGGGAUUCCUGCAGACCUCCCACAAAACAAAACUUCAGUGGCUGUGGAAGACUUUUUUACAGGCCAUUUGCUGGGGGGGGGGGGAUGACACAAUAGCACUGUUCUCCCUUCCAUUCUAUCUAUAUCUAACAUAUAUCUGAAAACCACCCAUCACAAGCAAAAUAGGUGGGCUAAGGAUCGAACACCCCAACUUGGGACCCUUUUCAGCUGGUGGAACAACGUUCAUCUUCUAGUGAAGGAAGGAAGGAGGCCUUCAGGUGCACAGACUGAACCCAGUGCUUUUUCAAAUAACAAAUCCUUCUCCACAUCGCACUGUGCAAUAUAAAAAUAAAAUAAAAUUACAUUGCUAACCAUCUGCAAAAUAAAAUGAAAAUAAAACUCAGGAUAUCGUUUUCAUCAAAGGCAAUAAACUAACUGUAGAUCUGUCCCCUGGUGUGAGGGUUAUGUCUCAGUUUGGGAGCUUGCCCAACCUUUUGGGAGACCAGAGGGUCAAAAAUGCCAGUUUUCUGUGCAUGUCGCAUAUCCCAUAAUGAGGGACUUGGAAACAGGAGAAGUAAACCACUUAGGAUAAGUCGUAAACAGAAUGUAUAUAUGAUGAAAUGCAAUUGAAAGUAUGUGGACGAGCAUUCAAGAUCUAACUAUUUCUUAAAAGAAGCCCAGGAGGAUUCCAGAUGCUUGAUGGGUAGUUGGGUCACUAGAUUCACCUCAGGAAAUUUUCACCGAGAGUCAGUUUGAAUGCAGAGCUUUAGAAAUUCAUAUAUUGUACAGAGUCCUGCAGCUUCCCAGUAGGAGAUGAAAUGAGCUAGUCAUAGGUUCAAAUAUUAAUUCUGUGACCUACAGAAAGUUUUGCCCUCACGCCCCGAGAGCCAUAAUGGGAAAGCUUCUUCAAGGGAGAAGCUGCAAGUGUCUGUCAGCUGCAGUGCUGGUUCCUAGAGGAAGCUAAGUACUAUAUAACUCAUCUUUGAUCUCCAGAACUUACACAUAGCAGCCUGGAAAGUGUUAUUUCAGAGAGCGUGUUACCCCAACUCUUAAAUUCUUGGACUUCCUUGUACAUUAAGCCCACAACUUCUGUGGGGGUUAUGUUACAGCAAUCACGUCUAAAAUCAAAAUUGCAUAUGGUCAAAAUACAUUGGGUUCAAUGGCGGAUGGGAUUGCCAAAGCCAUUUUUCUCACAACUCUGCCUCCAUUUCAAUUUUUAUUUUAUUUUUUGCCACGUGUGUAGAAUGUGCACAAGUUAAAUGCACAUAAGUUGUGGGUUUGCUGUAGAUUUGGAACGCUAAUCUUAUGAAUUGUAUUUCAUCAAUUUCUACUUUGUGGUUAUCUGACUCUUGUAUCAUUCUUUGGCAUACUUUAGCCGUGGGCUCUUGGGUGGUGGUGGUGGCAGUGGCAGGCGAGGGGUUAUCUAAGGCAGAUUGAACAUCCCCAUGUGAGGAGGUGUGACUUUUGAUUCUGCCGCUGCUGCUCUCUUUCCUCCAGGUGCAUCAGGGAGCCAUCCCUCUCUCCUACACGGUGACCACAGUAACCACACAAGGCUUCCCCAUUCACACCGGCCAGCACAUCCCAGGUUGCAGUGCGCAGCAGCUCCCAGCAUGCUCAGUGAUGUUCAGCGGACAGCACUACCCACUCUGCUGCCUCCCACCCCCCGUGAGUCUCUUGGUAUGGGGAGAGAGCAGCGAAGGUUAAAUGUCUUGUUCUCUGAUUUGCCAUGAGCGGGGUAUUGCACCACUUCUCUGUUUGGGUUUGAUACCUGAUCAGCCGGGCUGGUUUUGUUACCUAUAAAAAGAGGCUAGGAUAUAUUGACAUUCUGCUUAAGGCCUGUAGGUUCCCUGCCAAUCUUAGAGGAGAGGAUAUAGCCUGCUGCUCAUGGGAUUCUCCCCACCCUGUUCUAUAGCCAGACCGACGUCAGCUGCCUUUGAAGUUGGUUGUAGGGACGCGGGUGGCGCUGUGGGUAAAACCUCAGUGCCUAGGACUUGCUGAUCGCAAGGUCAGCGGUUCGAAUCCCCGCGGCGGGGUGAGUUCCCGUCAUUCGGUCCCAGCUCCUGCCCACCUGGCAGUUCGAAAGCACCCCUAAGUGCAAGUAGAUAAAUAGGUACCGCUUUAUAGCGGGAAGGUAAACGGCGUUUCCGUGUGUGGCGCUGGUGCUGGCUCGCCAGCUGCAGCUUCGUCACACUGGCCACGUGACCCGGAAGUGUCUCCGGACAGCGCUGGCUCCCGGCCUCUUGAGCGAGAUGAGUGCGCAACCCUAGAGUCGGACACGACUGGCCUGUACGGGCAGGGGUACCUUUACCUUUACCUAGCCUUCUCAUGGUGACUCUUAAUGGUGACUCUCUUCCCUUCCCUCCCUCCCUCCCUUCUUAUAGCUGAUCCAGGCCUGUGCCAUGCAGCAGCUCCCUGUCUCCUACCAAACGUUCCCGCCGCUCAUUUCCAGCGACCAUUACAUCCUGCACCCUCCACCGCCUGUGCCGCCACACCAGCCUCCACACAUGGCUCCCCUCAGCCAGUUUGUCCCACUCCAACCCCAGCACCCUCGCAUGGUAAGUUGUUUGGGGUGGCAAGCGGGUGGGCUUGGCGGAGGGAAGGGAGGGAUGUCUGGGUCCUAUCCCCACUCCAUGCUCUCAGCUCUGUUCUUCUGAGGGAUAUCAAAGCUGGUGCAAUCUCAGUUCUCCAGCGUAGCGUACAGUUGAAGACUUGGGUUUCAGUCUUCAAAGGAGGUCUCUUGCCGUUGUAACAAGAGUGAACUGUACCUGGUUUCCAGUGGUCAUCAGAGGUAGGUAGACAAUGCUAGGAACUCACAUAUAUAAGCUACGUGCCAAAUGGCUCCUUAAACCAAGGUUUCAUUUGCCAAAACCGAACAUCUAGUUGCCAUUUUGGGGCAAGACAGCUCCAAAGUCUUCUUUCCCCCCACAAACAGUGGGCUGACUGUAAUUGAAUAGCAGUUAAACAUCUGACUAGUUCAGAUGACAACCUUGAGUUAGGUUAAGAGCUUUGAGAACUUAAAGAAGAGAAGUUGCUUGAUCCAGGGACAGUCCAUAUACAUAUUGGCCUAUGCAGACCUCCUUUUCUUAAUGGUGUCUGCUCUUGCUCAGGCUACACAGAAAAAGCAUUUUGGUUCCUGAAACUCAUGUUGAUUGUACUUGGUUGUAAGUGGCUGGAAGCCACAUGCAAAAUGUGCCUGGCUAAUUUCGAACACUGAAGGUCGGUUGUCCGUAUGAUGGACGGGUCUCCUUUUCACUGUAUCCAAUGUACCACAGUCAGUUGCCUAGAAUCCUGUCUGGCUCAGGCUAGCUGCAAAGCCAAGCCUGGGCUGCACACAUCUGCAGGCAUGAAGUGACCUUGCUCAGUAUGUACCAUGUAGGACAGUGUGGAGUGACGGUACUUAGUGCCUCUGUGGCAGCAGUUCCAUCCAUAAGCCACAUCUGUUGUGACUAGGUGGAACAAGGAGGGGGUUCUGCAUAAAACUGGCAAUGCAUGAGAGAGAGAUUGGGGUAAGGAGCGGUCCCUUGCUGCCACUGAUCACCUGGGGCAGAUUGGAUCAUGGCACUGCAACCAGAUGGCUGGGUGGUCGCCUGCUCUUGAUGGGGUUAUGCUGUCCCUGAAGGAGCAGGUUCAUAGCUUGGGCGUACUCCUGGAUCCUUUGCUGUUGUUCGAGGCUCAGGUGGCCUCAGUGGCCCAGAGUGCCUUCCAUCAGCUUCGGCUGGUGCCUCAGCUAUGCCCCUAUCUGGACAGGGAUAGCCUAACUACUGUUGUCUAUGAUCUGGUAUCCUCAGGGUUAGAUUACUGCAAUGUGUUAUACAUGAAGCUGCCUCUGAAGAUGGUUUGGAAAUUUCAGCUAGUGCAGAAUUCAGGGGCCAGGUUGCUCACUGGAGCAAGAUGGUUUAAGCAUAUUAAACCAAUCUUGGUCCGACUGCACUGGCUACCAAUUAGUUUCUGGGCCCAAUUCAUUUUUUUAAAAAUAAUUUUUAUUAACCAGCCAAUCAAAUCAAAUCAAAUCACAUCACAUAAAUUCCGAAUUACAAAGCCGAAUUUUAAAUUUUGUUGUUGAGGGGACCCAUAUUUCAAGAUCCGAAGGGGGAUUCUGAUCAUCUUCUUGCUACUGCUUUAAUGUCCAAAUCAGUCCAAAUCAGUCUAAACAGAGUUCAUAAUUCUAUCCAGUCUUAUCUUGCUGUUUCCACAUCACAUCUUGUUCAUAUAUUUUCUCUAUUUUCUUUAUGAUCUCUUCUGAUAGUCUCCUUAAGCCGAUAAACACCAAUAAUAAUCCUGUGUGAAUUUUUCCGUUCUUCCAAUCCUCAAAUCGAGAUGGUUUCCAUAUAUCAUCGCCUUCAUAGAUAACAUCGCUCUUUCCAUCAUUAAUUACAGAACUGUCGUUCUUAAGUGCCUCUGAGGAGUUUCACCCACAAUAUAAAAACAGCUCUAUUUCUCUAUUUCUCCUCCCAGACUUAAGUCCUCCGACAGAACUUCCCAAUAUGGCGACGACAUUUUUAACUGCAUCAUUCCAAAGCCCUUAUACAUUCCACGCUCUUCUUAAAACAUGCUUUGGUUCGAAAGUUUUAUCUCCACACAGCCUUAAAUCCACAGCUUAAGUCCUUAAAAUAACAUUUCUGACUUGUGAGGGGAGGGGAUUCUUGUUUAAUCAUAUAAGGAAAGAAAGGAAAGUUUUUUUCCCCCCCUCCCCCAUCAGUCAUCAGUCCCUUUACCAUACCGAGUCUUGGCAUAUUUUCUCAUAAUGUAUACUUGUUCCUCCGACUCGUCUUGUUUUAUCAGAGAUCUCUUCUGUUAGCAGUCUUUACUCCCCCUCCUUCCUUGAAAUAUGUGCAUUUGCUUCAUCCAAAUUGUUUCUUUUGAAGUUCUUGCAGCUAGUGGCGCAAAUCAGAGACGGCGUCCAGGAGCGCCGAAAUCCCACAGGAGGGCUUUGUGCCUAGUGCCCCCAUCCCCACAAAUUCGGGGGUGGUAUAGGGCACAGCAGGCAAGGGCAGUCCCCCCCACCAUCCUGGGGGGGGGUAGGGAGGCUAAUUACUCCCAUCAUAGCCUCCAAAUUACCUCGUGUGGGUCGGAGAGAUGUUAUUGUCAGCCAUCUUCUGAUGCGCCCCCUAGUGGCCCCCCGUUUCCGGGCCCAAUUCAAAGUGGUUUUGACGUAUAAAGCCUUAAACGGCUCAGAAGCGCAGUAUCUCAAGGACCGCCUCUUUCUACCUGGACCCUGAGAUCAUCUUCUGAGGCCCUUUUUUGUGUGCCUCCUCCUCGAGAGGUCCUUCUCUGCAGUGGCUCCCCAUCUGUGGAAUACUCUCCCCAGGGAAGUUCACCUGGCGCCUUCAUUAUACACCUUUAGGCACCAAGCAAAAUCCUUCCUUUUUAACCAGGCCUUUGGUUGAUUUGAUUGACAUUCUAUGCGCUUUUUAAAUGUGAGGGUUUUUUUGUUUUGUUUUUUGAGGAGGAGGUUAUUGGGUUGUUUUAUUUUGAUUAUGUAUUUUGUGGUUUUAUAUUUUGAUUUGAUUCUGUGAGACCUCCAGUUAUAGGGCAGUAUAUGAAUUCAACAAAUAAAAAUAAUAACAUGCACAUUUUUCUUGCAGUAUUUAUGAUUUGCAUUUCCACUUUUAAUAAGAAUGCUCAAGGUGAUAUAUGAUUGAAAUAAUACAUUGCUAUAAACUGUUCAGUGUCCAGAAUGCCUUACAUCACAAUUCCAUCCUCCCAACAUGCAACACAAUGAAUCCUGUGAGGCUGGCUGUUAAUCUUCCUAUUUUUUAAGUGGGCAACUGAAGUUGAGGCAGCAACCCCCAGAACUAACCAGUGAACCCUGAGCUGAGCAGGGCUGGCCAGAACUUCUUCAGGGCAUUGGAAGCUUGAGGUCUGUUACCUGUCUGGCUUUCUGAUAUGUUUGGCAGAUUGAAUGCAGAUCAGAUGAAUCCAUACACGCUUAUAUGAGCCCUACAUGUGUUGGGAUAGAUUUUUACAGGCUACACUGUUACGCACACACUCCCGCCCUGGGUGACUUCUGUACCCUUCCUAUAUUUUCUGCCUGUAUAAUUUGGGUUCCAUCCUUCAGCGUCUUCUCUUUGAAGAGGAAGCAAGGAAAGGAGGGUGACUAAAUGAAAUGGAGAUGACAGAUUUGGAGCAACAGUUCCCAGCGAUGCUACUAGUUGGGAGGAGUAUGGGACUCUCUGGACUAUGCGCUAUGCUUUUUCAUGUACUGUAGUCAGCAUUAGGAACUUGCUGCCAGAGGGAGGAGUGCCAAGGAUUUAGUAUUGGUCUAAAAGAGCAGGCAUCGUUAUAAAAGAGGGUAUAUGGCAGUAAUAGUUGGGCUUAGUGGUUUGAGUGUGUCUGGUGUGCAGUACAAAAGUAGGGAUUUGAUGUAGGAUUUUGGAUGGGGCAGUAGUCAUCUUAAAAUUACAAUAGGAUGCUGCCCUCAGUCCUUGUAGCCCAGUGUUGUCUACACGCUCACUGCCAGCAGCUUUCUCAGGUUCCAGAAGGGCCUUUUCCCCCCACACUCCCUGGAGAUGCUAGGGGGCCGCACUGGGCUUUUACAAGCAUAGCCUGUGUUCUGUCACCGAACUGUGGACUUCCUCCCAGUGUCCAUUCAAUCAAUCAAUCAUUUUAUUUGUAUGCUACCUUUCCAAAGUUAAAUCCAUGCUUAAGGUGGCUUACAACAUGCAAAAAAUUACAUACCGACAUAGAUAAAUAGUAAUAAACAAUAAACACAACAUCAAAAAUAUACAACCAAAUUGGAACAAUGGUCACAUAAAUCAUAAGAUCCAAAAUGAAGUUACAGAACAUUAACAUCAAUUAAUGUGCAACAAACCCUCUCAAACAACACUGCAGCCCAAGAAUGUUCUGCAGCCUCAGCUUUUUGUAGCUGGAGUCCAUCAGGGCUCCACCUGCCUAGGCCCGGUGGGAAAAGGCCUGCAGGACAGGGAGCAGGUCUUCCAGGACUUGAAUUCAAGAUACAGAAUGCUGGACAAAAUCUUGUUGCGUGGGGAGAACAAGGCAAAAAUAGGAUGCUUCUCCCCACCCCCACCCUUGCUCUGCCAUUGGGAAGGAAGUGUGGGGCUCUGGCAAGGUCCUAGAGCCCUCCCACCUCCUUUCCAAAGCUUAGCGCCUCGCUUACCCAUCUUUGGGAAGACAGCGCAAGGGGAGGGGAGGGGGUUCUUGUGUUGCUGAGGGCUGCCAAAAAGGCCUUGAGGGCUGCACAUUGGACCACCCUGUUCUGUACUAUCCUGAGUAAGAAUGGCAGCAUUUCUAGUUAGCCCUGUAUAUUGUCUGCUUUCUCCACAGCCACUGCAAAGGAUAGACAAUGAGGUGGAGCUCCGAGGUGAACAGCACUCUAUCGGAGGCUUCUCCUAUUCUCCUUCCCACCAUACUCCUGCACUGUCUCCCUCCGUGCCACUACAUUACCUUCCACACACCCAUGACCCACUGCACCAGGAACUGCCCUUCGGCGUGGUGAGUGUUCUGGGAUCAUAGCAAUGAGGCCUCAAGCACUGGACCCCCUGAAGGGGAAAGGGCCUCUUAAAGAGGGUCCUUCAUUUGUUCAGGCAUAAUGGGACUCUGUGCUUCAGCAGGGUUGACCAUCUGAGGACCCUUUGCACACCGUGAGGUGCAAAAUGAGUGACAGGGGUUCUCCAGAGUUGGCUAGCCCUUUUCAGUAGCCUCUGUGGGUGGGUAGAUGCCCUUUCACGAAAGGAUGGCUCUUCACAGUUUGGGAGCUUUCCUUUUGCUUUUGCAGCUCUUAACUCCCCGACUUGUGUAGGAAAUACUUGUGCAUGUGUGUGCCGUUGUUCCGUGGGGAUACAGACAACCUGUAUAAGGUGGCUUUGAAGAUCUGCAGCGAUUGAUAAUGUUUCAUGCUGCAGAAUUCAUCCUUUCUUGGUGCAGAAUGUUUCUAUUUUCCUAGCUGCAGAUUUUUAUUUGUGUCCUGUUUGGUAUGGGGGAUAUACUGCCUAGGGAUUAGUCAGACCAUCUCAGUACGCAUCAAACUGACUCAUCUUCCGGUGUUUCCAACAGCCAUAUCCACACAUGAUGCCCCGGCGACUGAACACCCAGCGAUACAGAUUGCAGCAGCCACUGCCGCCUCCGCCUCCACCGCCGCCUCCAUACUACCCAAGCUUCCUGCCAUACUUCCUGUGAGUAUCCAUUGAUCAAACAGAGGGAGGAAGUGCUGCAUGAGGAAGAAACCUCCCCUUUGCUUCUGAGGUCUAGGGCUUGAGGGCCUUGCCUUGAUUUCAGCGUGGCCCCUCGGUGGGAAUAUGGACUUGCCUCCUUUUCCUACCCAUGUACUCAUGCAAAACGCAAGGUUGGUUUCUGCCUUGGUUUGUGUGCCUGCGCGAUUUUCUGCUCCUGUUGACUACUCCCCUCUACCUUUGAACUUUAGAUCAAUGCUUCCUGUGUCACCGACAGCUGUGGGGCCUACAAUAAGUUUGGACUUGGAUGUGGAUGAUGUGGAGAUGGAAAACUAUGAGGUGGGUUGGCCUCUCUCUCCCUAAGGGGCAUCGGAAUGGCGGGAAGGCUCUAGAGCAGCUGGUUAAUGGUGCCCCCAGUGCAUGGUGGAACUUGGCUUAGCCAGCUCUCUCAGGAAGAGUGUAGGGUUUGCCGUGUGAUGGGGUCAAGUGGCAGCAGUGCCAGGAGAAGGAACCGUCCUGUGGUGAAUGUACUGCUGAAAGAGCGGGUUUCAGGGUGUAGGAGGAAGCCUGAUUGGAGCCCAGAAGGAAGCUGAUCAGCUGUGUAUGUAUGUUCUUUUUUUAAAUCUUCCACUAGGCAUUACUGAACCUGGCCGAGAGGCUAGGAGAGGCCAAACCCCGGGGACUCACCAAAGCAGACAUCGAACACCUUCCGUCCUACCGCUUCAACCCAGAAAGCCAUCAGUCGGAGCAAACCUUGUAAGUGUUGGGAGAGAGGUCCUCCAGUGAAGUUCUAGAUGGGGAAUAGAAGGCAGCACAGCUGAAUUUGGAAGGAAUUGGGAUAGCAGGCAUGAAUGUUUCUCUCUCUCUCUCUCUCUCUCUCUGUGUGUGUGUGUGUGUGUGUGUGUAUGUGAGAGAGAGAGAGAGGGUGAAAAAGAGGGGGGGAUGAUGAUGAUGAUGGUCUAACUAGCACUAGAUACACAGGAUUUAGAACACAGGUGGUCAUUGCCACUUUAUGUGAGUGGCAGCAGGGAGUUCUGGCUGUCUCCUGCUCAUAUUGCAGGGACCCAAUCUUUAGUUGUCCAUUUCCUAGCAGUCGGGGAAAGAGUUUCCUUCGGCAUCAUUUUGCAAAUUGUUGUAAGUCUCUCUGAGCAAUGCAACUGCAGCGAAAGGGUGGAACAUAAGCAACUCUAGGGUAAUACCUGACUAAGUCAUAGUAUGAGUGGAUCCACUGGAAGAAGUGGACUUCAGCCCAUUGAUUUCCAUUGGGUAGUGGGAUGUCACAUUAAUAAAAUAAUUCAUGUUGACUCUCCUAUGGAACAUACAGUGAAGCGAGAAAUAAAUAACUUGAGUUGUAAGCCUGUUGUUGAUCUGCACUUCCCCAUUUUUAUUAUUAUUUAACCUUAAAAUGUGUUGUGGGGAGGGGGUUGCACUCACCCUUUUUUCUUUCUUUUCUUUCUUGAUAUACGUACAGACUUCCAACCGAAUCCAACUCAUGAGCAACUGGUUCUUCCUGUUUCUAGGGCAAGUGAGCUGUGCAGAGGGCUGAUUGACUGGUCCUUGUGACCUUCCUAUCUAUUCUUUUUAUUUCAAUAUAUCCUACCUUUCCCAUAGUGCAGGACCCAGGGCAGCUCACAAUAUGCAUUAAAAAAAGAAUUACAGCUAAUAAAACACCUCAGUCAGUUAUAAAUCAUAUUUAGAAAGUUACCAUAUAAAAAACACCAAAUCGAAACAACUUAAAACAAUUUAAAAACACAAGAGGUAAAGAAUAUAUACAAUCCUGAUUUGCAAGUAUUGUUUUGACCUGCUGCUAAUCAAAGGCCCCUUUCAUUCAGAGUGGUCUUUGAAGUAUGAAAAAAUAAUAGAUUGGUGGGGGGGGUUAAUAAAAAAGGGACCAAUUAAAUAUUUAAAUGAAUAACCAUGAGAAAUGCCUGAGAGUGGGAAAGACUAUUCAAAAACCCCAACCCCUGCUCAAAGCAUGGGGGUGGGGAGGUCUUGGCCAAAAUCUGCGCUGAUUGUGGUUGCUCAUUGGGGCAAGACAGUUUGAGCAUAUUACACCGAUCCUGGCCCAACAGCACUGGCUGCCAAUUAGUUUCCCAAUUCAGAGUGCUGGUUCUGACCUAUAUAGCCUUAAAUGGCUCAGGACCGCAGUAUUUCAAGGACCAACUCUACCCAUAUGAACCGCUCCAGACUCUGCAAUCAUAAUCUGAGGCCCUUUCUAUGUGCUUCCUCCACAAGAGGCCCAGAGGGUGGCAACACAAGAACAGGCCUUUUCUGCAGUGGCUCCCUGUUUGUGGAAUUCUCUCCCAGGGAGGCUCUCUUGGUGCCUUCAUUACACAUCUUUAGGUGCCGGGUGAAAAUGUUUCUCUUCAGCCAAGUGUUUGGCUGUUCUAUAGCUUUUUACAUGUGUUUGUAGAAGGAAGGUUAUUGGUUUGUUUUUAUUUUAUUAUGCAUUUUGUUUUUCUGUUGGGAUAUUUGGAUGAAGGGCUCGUAUGUUGUUGUUUAGUCGUGUCCGACUCUUUGUGACCCCAUGGACCAGAGCACGCCAGGCACUCCUGUCUUCCACUGCCUCCCGCAGUUUGGUCAAACUCAUGCUGGUAGCUUCGAGAACAGUGUCCAACCAUCUCGUCCUCUGUCGCCCCCUUCUCCUUGUGCCCUCAAUCUUUCCCAACAUCAGGGUCUUUUCCAGGCGGUCUUCUCUUCUCAUGAGGUGGCCAAAGUAUUGGAGCCUCAGCUUCAGAAUCUGUCCUUCCAGUGAGCACUCAGGGCUGAAUUCCUUAAGAAUGGAGAGGUUUGUUCACUACUGGGAAAACCAUAGCUUUAACUAUACGGACCUUUGUUGGCAAGGUGAUGUCUCUGCUUUUUAAGAUGCUGUCUAGGUUUGUCGUUGCUUUUCUUCCAAGAAGCAGGCGUCUUUUAAUUUCAUGACCGCUGUCACCAUCUGCAGUGAUCAUGGAACCCAAGAAAGUAAAAUCUCUCACUGCCUCCAUUUCUUCCCCUUCUGUUUGCCAGGAGGUGAUGGGACCAGUGGCCACGAUCUUCAUUUUUUUGAUGUUGAGCUUCAGACCAUAUUUUGCGCUCUCCUCUUUCACCUUCAUUAAAGGGUUCUUUAAUUCCUCCUCACUUUCUGCCAUCAAGGUUGUGUCAUCUGCAUAUUUGAGGCUGUUGAUAUUUCUUCCUGCAAUCUUAAUUCCAGCUUGGGAUUCAUCCAGCCGAGCCUUUCGCAUGAUGAAUUCUGCAUAUAAGUUAAAUAAGCAGGGAGACAAUAUACAGCCUUGUCGUACUCCUUUCCCAAUUUUGAACCAAUCAGUUGUUCCAUAUCCAGUUCUAACUGUAGCUUCUUGUCCCACAUAGAGAUUUCUCAGGAGACAGAUGAGGUGAUCAAGCACUCCCAUUUCUUUCAGAACUUGCCAUAGUUUGCUGUGGUCGACACAGUCAAAGGCUUUUGCAUAGUCAAUGAAGCAGAAGUAGAUGUUUUUCUGGAACUCAAAGGGCGGUAUACUACUACUCAUAAUAAUAUGCAGCUGAAGGUGAGGAGGAACUGAACUCUCACCCAGUCAUUGGUGUUUUUUGUUGUUGUUUUUUAAGUCUGCUUUUGAAGGGGCAGUACAUCUGACCACCUUUAGGAUUAGAAGGGCUUCUUGAGGAGUGAGUUCAGAUUGUACCCGAGCAGAUCUGUGAAUUGUCAGGGGAAGACAACAACCCUUACUGAUAUGUACAAUCGAGUUGAGUGGUGAAAUCCUUUUCCUAGCAUGAUCAUGCAGUGUCACCUGGAAGUAUGUAUGGGGCACCUAAAUAAGAUUCUGCUGGAAACAGUGGGAGACACUACUCCCAAAGAGUGGGAGGUCUGAAGCUCAGUGGCAGAGCCCCUACUUCCUAGGCAGAAAGUCGUGGGUCCUCAGCAUUUCCAGGUGGGUCUGGGAGAGAAUCCUGCCUGAAACCCUGGACAGCAUGAGCCCAUCACUGUAGAUCUGACUCAGCAUAAGGCAGCUUCCUAUGGGCCCGCAGAGAAUCUUGCCCCUGUGGGGAAACUGGACCAUGCGGUGCUUGAAGACAGUGGAUAGCUAUUGGCGUGCUGCUCCUUUGUCGUUCGUCUGACACUGCACUGACUGGGUCCUUCUCCCUCCCUUCCCCAGGUGUGUUGUGUGCUUCAGCGACUUCGAAGUCAGGCAGCUGCUGCGAGUUCUGCCCUGCAACCACGAGUUCCACGCUAAGUGCAUCGACAAAUGGUUAAAGGUAACAUCUGCUGCUCUUGCUCUAUCACUGGGGAACCAUUGCAUUAAAAGAUUAUUCUGUCCGGGAUGCUGCGGCUUAAUCGGCAAGGAGCAUAUUCGGAAGCGCAUAAUCAUCGAGUGGGGGGCGGGCAUACAGGGGGGAACGGGCCUCUGUGUAAGCGAUCUGAGAGACCCAGAGCUUCGGAAUCAGCUUUGACAGCGCUCUCUACUGGCUGUUGAUUGCAACUGCACCGUGAAGGGGAAGGGGACUCCUGCGGGGUGGAUCUAGGGACUUUGCAGGAGAGGCAGGGCUCUUCCUGGCCAUGGAAGUCUCCCCUGCUGUUCUGGGGAAGUUUCGCACACCUCUGGAGCAGUUUUUCCGGAGGGCAUGCAGAGGGAAGAGUGACUUGGAAAAAGUCACCUCCGCCCCCUUCUGUCAGCAGGAGUGAAAUCUGGGAUUCAACCACUGCUUCUAAUCUCCAUUCAACAUUGUGGGUAAAUUGCAGGCAAAUCCUUUAAGUAGAGACUCUGGCUUUUACUUGUGCAAAUGCAAUGACUGUUCAAUGAUUUUUGUGCACCUGUAAGGCAACUCAGAAUCCUAAUUUAAAUACAGGAGUGGGGAAAAUCCUUAAUAAUAAUAAUAAUCACCCCACGCAUCUGGCUGGGUUGCCCCAGCCACUCUGAGCGGCUUCCCAACUCAUAUAAACACAUAAUAAAGCAUCAAACACUUAAAACCUCCUGAUACAGUGCUGCCUUCAGAAGUCUUCUGAAAGUUACAUAGUUAUCUCCUUGACUUCUGACAGGAGGAUGUUCCAGAGGGUGGGUGCCACUUCCGAGAAGUCCCUCUACCUGGUUCUCUGUAACUUCACUUCUCAUAGUGAGGGAACUGCCAGAAGGCCCUCAGAGCUGGACCUUGGUGUCCAGGCUGAAUGAUGGCGGUUAAGACCAUCAGGUAUGCAGGGCCUUAAACUUAAGAACAGGUCUAGUGGAUCAGACAGUGGGUCCUUUGAGUUUAGCAUUCUGUUUCCAGCAGUGGUCUGCCAGAUACCCCUAGAAAGCCCUCAAAUGGGUUGCAAAAGAAAGUGCCUCCCCCCCUUUCCCUUAGUAUUCAGAGGCAUGCCUAGAGGCUGUUGAACCAUCACACGCAAUUAGCCAUUGAUAUACUUAUUUUCCAUUAAUUUUGUCCCAUGCCCUUUUGAAGUCACCUGGGCCACAGCCACAUCUUGUGGCUGCGCAGUUCUGUAAAUUUCACUUGUUAACUUCUCACCUUUUGCAGUCCUAUGAGACCCUUUUUGAGAAAGUGACCAAAAUGGUGCAUAGUAUUCCAAAUGUGGCCAUACCACCGCCAUUACUUGACUUUACUUAUAUUGAAUCUCAUUCAUAAUUUUAUUGGGAGUUUGUGGGCUUCCACCAUCUUAAAUAAUCUGUUGUCAACCACAAACUUGGCCACUUUAUUUCUCAGCUGAAUCCAGAUUAUUCAUGAACAAAUUAAGUAACAUUGGUCUCAGUGCAAAUCCUAGGAGCACUCCAUAUCUUGUCUCUGUUUUGCAACCUUCCUGUUUAUUCCUGACGUCAGCCUCCUGUUUUUUACCUAGCUUCUGAUCCAAAGGAAAUUAUGUCAGAAGGAAAGGUUUGGACUGGAGGGCUUCUGGAAGAGGAGGUUCGCUCUUAACUACCUUGUUCCCCUAGAGCAGGGGUGGGCAACCUCAGAUUUGUGGGGCCAAAUUCAGCCAACCAGCCCUCAUGAGUCCCCCUUUGACCACGCCCUCUCUCCGCAUGCCAUGCCUCUCGCCAGGCCUGCUGCGCAGGUGCUUUUUGCCUGGGUGGAAUGCAUCCUUGCAUUAGGGUAAUGCCUCUUGUCAUCCUGGAUGGAGAGAUUUGUGUAGGAACACCUGAGUUUUAGAAGGCCAGAAUGUAGCCUGCUGUACAAAGGUGAGAAUUGCAUUUGUUGCUCUGGCCACUUUUGCCUUUGGCAUGUGGCCCUUGGAAGGUUGCUCAUGAAGGCAUGGGGUCCUUGGAGCCCAAAAAAUUUCCCACCUGUGUCCGAGAUAGAGCCCAGUUUCUUGUCCUUGUCCAGUUCCGGUUGAUACCUUGAGAAGUCCAUUCCUUCGUUCAUUAGUUGUUCAUCCUGUAGUUUAGGAGAAAAUGCCAAACCUACAACAAGCAACAGGUCUCAGAUAAAUGGAUACAGGCUGCUUCUGCUGCUGCUUCUACAGCGGAAACGUUUCCUAGUGGGUGUGGUUGACCUUAAAGCCACGCCCCUUUUUCCUGAUCCUGCCAUUGGUCAUUGCAGGCAAACCGCACAUGCCCAAUCUGCCGGGCAGACGCCUCAGAAGUGCACCGGGAGGCUGAGUGA